AUGCUCCCAUUCACAAGAAAAGUCUCCUUCUCGUUAGGACAAAACAUUGGAAGAGGCAUCCGGUUUCAGAGUACCGCUGCGUAUGAGACGGUAAUCAAAUCUGUCAGACAGGAUUUGAAAAAUAAUAUCAAAGCCAAAGCAGAUGUUCUCGAGAGAAAUGUGAUUAAGAGCAUUUUAGUCGAAGUGAAAAACUUCGAGGUCAACAACCCCGGAAAGACCAAAGACGAGUUCCAACUACAUGACCUGCUCACAAAAUUGGCCAACCAGCGCAGGAAAACCGCACAGGAAUACCUGAAGGACGGAACAUCCAAGCGGUCCAAGGAGAUGGGUGAAAAGGAGUUGAGUGAGAUACCAUAUAUUGAGAAGUACCUCAAGGAGCUUCCAGUUGCCUCGGAAGCCGAGAUUGAAGCAAAAGUCGAGGAGAUUGCGAAUGAAUUGAUUAAGGAAGGACCGCUGGACAACCCCAAAAAACUGUUUGGAAAGAUUCCUUGGAAUCUGAUCCAGUCUGAAUGGAAAGCAUCCAGGAGCUCAGUUACAAGCGUGAUCCCUAAAGUGCUCGAAAAGUACAAAUAG